AAGUGAUGAUGGAGUACAUUGGAGCAACAGGCGUACCCGUGAAACUGGAGGCUGUUCCAGUGGAAGGAGGCAUUGAUUUCCACUUCAUACUUAGUUUCGCCAUCGAUGCCGAUCCGUCCGGCAAUACCCAGAACGGAAAAUUCUCACCAUAUUGGGCAGACACAUUAACCCCAGAAUCAGUUGCAGCAAUGAAGAAAAGCCACCCCAAUGUGAAAGCCUUGACCAGUCUUUCAGGGUGGAGCUUAGGGGACAAAGUCCUCCGGUGGUACACCCCUGACGACACCCAACAAUGGAUAUCCAAUGCCUUCUCAUCAUUGUCAUCGAUGGCCCAACAGUACCAUCUCGAUGGCAUCGACAUCGACUAUGAAAACUUCCCAAGACACAACUCAAGUUUUGCUUAUUGCAUAGGUGAACUCAUCACUCUCUUGAAGAACCAAAGUGUCAUUUCUGUAGCCACCAUUGCUCCUUACCAUAAAACAAUAGCACCCUACAUUGAACUAUUUGAGAAUUACGGAGAUGUGAUCGAUUUCGUCAACUAUCAGUUCUACACUGACAAGGUUAGGAAACCCAAAUCUUACGUGGAAGCUUUCAAGAUUCGAGCCGGACAAUUCGAUAAGGAAAAGCUAUUGCCUAGCUAUGAAGUUAAUGGAAGGGGGAUUCAAGGUGAUGCAUUUUUUGAUGCCUUAAGUCUUUUGGAAGAAAAUGGAUUUGGUGUUAAUGGAGUUAUGAUAUUCUCUGCUGAUGCUUCUUCCUCCAAUGACUAUUACUAUGAGAGGAAAUCUCAAGAUUUCUUGCUGAAUUCCACGGUAUCUGUGUGA